GUUUUUUGUUUGCGGUGGUCAAAACCCUAGGCGGCGGGUUUAAACUGUCCACAAAGAGAGUUCCUCGGUCAAUGGUGUUCAAGUUCGGGCCACACAGCCACUGGCCACAACCGCUUUGCGCACAUCCUGUAGUACAGUAUAUAAACCCUAAGCCUCCCAAACGCGACGAAGUUACCCAGUGGCACGAUAGCACCAACGUUGUUCUCGACUAUUGUCAGACCUAUCUGAACUAUGGCAGCGCCACGGAUGAUGUCCAAAGCUCUUCUCUCCGAAACAUGAACGGCGCGCUUUUGACCGACACCCGCCUUACCUAUGACGAGCGACUGGCCGAGGCACAAACAUAUAAUUAUCAAGCUCAGUACCUUAGCAUGAAGUUGCAAAUCCUAUAUCAUCGAGAGAACGGCUUGGACUACAGAGCGUGGGCUCAAAGAUAUGCUGUCUUACACGAGAGAGGUUAUGGAGCAAGAACAGCUGCAGCUGAUAAAGCAGCUUUGUCCGAUCCCUAUGUUGUCACCAUCGAUCCCCGGACCUUUGUGAUCUCCCGGCCGUCCUCUUUUCGAUGAUAGGACGUCGCGCUCCGCUUGGAUUCUGGGGCGACUAAUAUCCCAGUGUCUCAUUAAUUAUGUAUCGGCGGUUGUGUCGAAAAAUGUGUUGAAUACAUUAUUUGUUAUUAACAUGCACUACUAGUGG